CUUCUGGAACGACUACACUGUACAGGUCCAACUCAACGACUACCUGGACAUCGUGUGCCCCCACUAUGAGGAGGAGCGGGCGGCGGGCACCCCCGUGGAGAGAUACACACUAUUCCUGGUCGACCACGAGGAGUACGUCACCUGUAAACCCAUCUCCAAGAGCCAAGUCCGCUGGGAGUGUAACAACCCCUUCAACCUCAACGGCCCCGAGAAGUUCCGCGAGAAGUUUCAGAAGUUCACGGCAUUUAGCCUGGGCAAGGAGUUCAAGGAGGGUCACAGCUACUACUAUAUCUCUAAACCCAUCCACCAUCAUGGAGACUCCUGCCUGAAGCUGAAGGUCCAAGUCAUCGGCAAAGCCACUCAGCAGCCGACAACCAACAUCCACACUCCAGGGGCCCGAGCUGUAGCAGAUGACCCUGCGGUGGCCCUUCCGGAUGUUUUGAGAAGCGUGGCCCAUAACUCUGCCCAUGAGUCUGUCUCCCUCACGUUCUUCGGAUUCUUACUGCCUUUACUUUUCUCUCUGGGACAAUGAUGGAACUCUCCGGAACAUCGGUUGUAUAGACUAUAAGACUGGAAAUGUAGCAAACUGUGGCUCAUCUGAGUCUGGUGACCAAAGAGCGCCUCCUAGAGGCAAAAGACAUAUAGCCAAAGAACACGGUGCACCUUCUGCACAGCUGCCGCACCAUGCGUGGACACAGGACUGUCCUACCAGGGUUGGAUCUCGGCAAAAUCUCGCCGGAAGGGAUCUGCGCCAUGACCCCUGGAAAUCUCUAUGAGAUGGUGGAUGAGGUGGGAGGGCGGCAGCAGCUCCUCCCCCGCUGACAGUAUUGGCCCGGCUUAGGGCCCUGCCCCACUAGUGUAGCUUUAUGUACAUAUGUAAAUGAUAGAGUAUAUUUAUAGAGGACUCCGAUACUAGACACUGUGCCGUAGACUGGAGCGCCAUGGUCCAUGAGGGGGGGCACCGCGCGCCAUUCUCCAUGAGGGGGACUGCACUAUAUUUGUACAGGAGAAGGACAGAUAAACUUUUAUAGAACUGGAAUAUUUUUUAUGUUCUUUAAUAAAAUAUAAAAAUCUUUUUAGU